AUGACUGAUCAAGAGAAGAUUCUGUUUCAAAUUUCAGAUCAUGAUUUAGUACCCGGUACUGUUCAAUUAAUAGACAUUAAUGGAGAUUUAGACAUUAAAAAAGGUGAUAAUAAUAAUAUAAUUUUACAACCUCAACCAUCUUCAAACAUUAAUGAUCCUUUAAAAUGGACAAAACGUAAACGUAAUUUUCAAUUUGGUUUAUUAUGGUUAUGGUGUUUUCUCCAGUCGAGUACUUCCAAUUUCACUGGUCCUUUAUAUGACGUUUAUGUAACAGAUUUAAAUACGAAUUAUACUUCAAUUAAUAAUUCUGCUGCUUUAUGUUAUUGUUUUUUAGGUAUUGGAGUUGUUUUAAUUCAACCUACUGCAUCUAAACUCGGAAAACGAUUUAUAUAUCUUAGUGCUACUAUACUUGCCAUUAUUGGAUUAAUAGUUGGUGGUGUUGCAAAAGAUAUCAAUGGAUUGAAUGCAUUCAAUGUACUCAGUGGUUUAGCUGCUUCUCCAGUUGAUUCAUUAGCCGAAGUUAGUUCAACUGAUAUGUUUUUCCAACAUGAAAGAUCUACUGCUUUUAGUUUAUUAAUUUUGGCAUUAUAUGGUGGUUGUAAUUUGGCUCCCGUUGCUGCUGGUUAUAUAGUUGAUGGAAUAGGUUGGAGAUGGUGUUAUUGGGUUCAAGUUAUAAUUUAUGGUGUUUUAUUUGUUAUCUUGUUUUUCUCUAUGGAAGAUACAAAUUUUGUAAGAGAUUUAACAAAUGAAGAUGAAUUUGAGAAAUCGAUAAUUGAACAAAUAAAGUCAAAAGAAACAACUAAAGAAGAAGUUAAUUCAAUGGUUUCGGAAACGGGUGUGAAGAAAACAUACAUUCAGAAGUUGAAUCCUAUACAGACUGAGUUUAAUGAUUCUAGAUCAUGGUUAUGUAUUUGUAUACGACCAUUUAUAUUGUAUUUCCCAGCUAUAAUUUGGUCUGGUUUAAUUUAUGGAUGUCAAAUUUUAAUAUUAGCUUUAUUAAGUAAUACACAAACAAUAAUAUAUUCAGCAAAGCCAUAUUAUUUUAAUGCUGAUAAAGUUGGUUUAACUAAUUUAUCUGCAUUUGUCGGUAAUAUGUUUGGAAUGUUAUAUGGUGGUUAUUUUGUUGAUUAUUUUACAAUUGAAAUGGCAAAACGAAAUAAUGGUAUAUAA